CAGCUCGUUUCUCAGAUAUUGUAUAGUGAUUUUAUAAACACGAUUUUGGUUCUUUUAAUCCCCAAAUAUACCUGAUUGUUGUUUUUAUUGGACCAUCAAGAUGGAAGAAUACCUGUCAACAACUGUUUCGAAUUUGAGAUCCACCUACUAUUCUACCUUAAAUCUAACAAUAGGCAAUGAAAAUUGCAGUUUAGACUCCGCAGUAUCCUCCAUAGUCUAUUCCAAGUUUUUGCACUGGCAACUCGGUCAACUAAAGUGUGGUAUAUGUAAAAAAGCUGAUAAAAUUGGACAUAAGGACCAGAUAUUCGUACCCAUUUUGAAUUUGAAUAGAGAAGAUUUUGAGAUUAAAACUGAAGUGGAGUAUUGUGUAAAUGAAUAUGGGAUUUGCAAAGAAAUGUUAGUUUUUCGAAACGACUACAAUCUACAAGAAUUAAUAACGAAAACUAAGACCAAUGUUGUCUUAGUAGACCAUCAUACAUUAGCUGUCAAAGACAAGUUCCUAGCUCCAUACGUGACUGAGAUCAUAGACCAUAGACCCAUAGACAAGUCGGAGUGGACCUACAGAGAUGAUACGAGGUCUACAAUAGAAGCAGUGGGAUCAUGUUGCACGUUAGUCGCUCAGAGGAUCAUUGACAUGUCGGCAGUGAUGGCAAAAAAGACGGAGUUCUUCGAAUCCAACACGAUAUGCACACAGCUACUGCACUCCACAAUAAUACUCGACACAGUGAACUUUUCUAAAGAAGUGAAAAAGGGCACGCUGCACGAUUUGGAAAUAGUGAAGUUUCUGGAAGGAAUUCUGAAAAUAGAGAAUCCAGAAGCAGAAAGAGAAAACAAGCUAUCACACUUGCUAGAGGCCCGGACAAAUGUCUCCCGUCUCACGGCGGCCCAGCUUCUCAAGAAGGACGUCAAAAUUGUAAAGGAGGUGUAUGUGCCUAGCUUUCCUAUAUUAGUGGAGGAAUUCUUGUCCAAGCCCGGAGCCCUGCAGGCCGUCCCCGAAGCCCUAUUAUCUAGUGGGUGCUCCUUAGCGCUACUGCUUGGGAUGAGUCUGCAGAAUGGAUUGAAGCGAGACGCCGCUAUAUGUGGGAGCGAGCCAGAUAAAACUGCCAAACUAGCCCAAUUUCUCCAAGACUGGAGCGCGCCAUCUCUACAACUAACACCAACAGAUCUCCAAUACCCCAACACUUAUUACUUCAACCAGCUGUACUUAGGUGCGUCUAGGAAACAGUACAUACCGGCUAUCAAUGCGUUUUUACAAAAUCCAUGAAAUUUUAACACUUUCGCAACCAAUUAAAAUACCCGUCUGGUGGGCGGUCGCGAACCUUGCUCUGAUGCCGGAUAACCCGCUAGGCGGGUUCUAGAGCAGGUUUCUGACGUAUUUGCUCCAUUUUUUGGAUUAAGUAAAUAAUUUACUCGCUAGAUGUCGCUAUGAUACGCGCUAGUUUUUUUUGUAUCAAAUUACGCAGAUUAUUAUUUAAUAUUUAAGAGUGAACUAAAAUGUAUUUAAAUGAGAAAAAUAUCACUAAGCGCCUAAGUCGUAUCGUUAUGUUAUAUUCAUCUAGUUACUUUUAUCUGAAUAAACGUUAAAAUUCUA